UGUUUGUCAUGUGACUGUGUGCUGUACGGUAGACCUGUGCAUAAUAAUACUUAGGUGGUCAUGUUUCCGCUUUUAUAGUAGUAGUCGUUGUUCUUACAGGCGAUAAACUUAGGGAUACUUAAGGACUGCUUGAUUGUGGCGAGUUGACUUUCUAGCUUUUCUACCCUUCUGACAGUACCAACAUAUCAGUCAAAAAUGGCGGCCACAUCUGUUUUCCAGAGAGUGAGAACAGGUUCCAAAAUAGGAGCUCAAUACGACCAAGAGGGAAAUCUUAUUCAGGUGGAGACGCGGGAGGACGAGGAGCAGAGUGUUAAGUUGGCAGAAAUCCUGGAACUUCUGCUUGCUGCCGGAUACUUCAGAGCUCGAAUUAAAGGGCUGGGACCCUUUGAUAAGGUUGUUGGAGGGAUGACAUGGUGCAUCACAACAUGCAACUUUGACAUUGACGUGGAUCUGCUUUUCCAGGAAAAUUCUACUAUUGGACAGAAAAUAGCUCUGACAGAGAAGAUAGUGUCUGUCCUGCCCAAAAUGAAAUGUCCCCAUCGCCUGGAGCCCCAUCAGAUCCAGGGGCUGGAUUUCAUCCAUAUAUUUCCAGUGAUACAGUGGCUGGUGAAGAGAGCCAUUGAAACGAGGGAAGAGAUGGGCGAUUAUGUGAGAGCCUACUCCAUCUCUCAGUUCCAGAAGACACACAACUACCCUGAGGAUGAAGACUUUCUUCAGAGAAAGGAGAAGGCUGUGAGAGCAGUCUUGGAUGUAUCAGAAGUGUAUAAACCGCAGAGAAAGUACAAGAGACAGGUUGAAGCAGGUGAACUGCUGGACGAAGAGUCCAGGGUUCAUUCCACUCUGCUGGAGUACGGAAGACGCUAUGGAUUCAGCAAGCAGACAAAACAGGACAAGGCCGAGGAGCGGAAAGCAUCCCUGGUUCCGGGCUCUCAGGCCACACCCCCAGGCUUGACAGAGGUGUUGCAGGAGGAGGAGGACCUGCAGGCAGCAGAGGAGUUACGCAUCAAAACUCUUAUGACCAGCAUGGCUGCCAUGGCGACUGAGGAGGGCAGGCUAACGGCUAGUACUGUGGGCCAAAUAGUUGGGCUACAGUCUGAGGAGAUUAAACAGAUCGCGUCUGAAUAUGCCGACAAGCAGUCGGAACUGUCUGCUGAGGAUCGUCCGGAGCGAUAUGGCCCAGUACAGCAGCACCGGAGAAUGGUAGCCUCCCUGACCAAACAGAUCCAACAGAAGAACAAGCAGUUAGAGGAGCUACAAGCCAGGUACUUUGAGGUGAAAUCGGCAUGUGAAGAAGCAAAGAGCAAAGUGAUGGAGGCCACAGAGCAGACAGAGACACUAGACAAAGAGUUGAGUGUCCUGGAUGAGGCUGAGAGCCAGGCAGAUACUAGUCUGUUGGAGAAGUUGAGGGUGCUGGUUGCUAUGAAUGAGAACCUGAAGAGCCAGGAGCAGGAGUUCCGCACGCAUUGUAGAGAGGAGAUGGUUCGUCUGCAGCAGAACAUAGAGGAUCUGAAGAUUGAGUCAGGAGAUGAUGGAGAGGACGAGAAGGAGAGGAGUCAGUUAAUAGACAAGCAGUAUGACACAGACAGAGAGAAGCUACAGAAGAUCAGACUACUGAUGGCUCGGAGGAACCGUGAGAUCGCUGUCCUACAGAGGAAGAUUGAUGAAGUGCCGAGCAGGGCAGAACUGACACAAUAUCAGAAGAGGUUCAUUGAGCUCUAUGGUCAAGUUUCGGCAACACAUAAAGAGACCAAGCAGUUCUUCACUUUGUAUAACACAUUAGAUGACAAGAAGGUUUAUCUGGAAAAGGAAGUGAACUUGUUAAAUUCCAUCCAUGACAAUUUCCAACAGGCAAUGGCGUCUUCGGGGGCCAAGGAGCAGUUUCUGAGACAGAUGGAGCAGAUAGUGGAGGGAAUCAAACAAAGCCGCAUUAAGAUGGAGAAGAAAAAACAGGAGAACAAGAUGAGGAGAGACCAGCUGAAUGAUGAGUACCUGGAGUUACUGGACAAACAGAGGCUCUAUUUUAAAACGGUCAAGGACUUCAAAGAGGAGUGUCGGAAGAAUGAAAUGCUGCUAUCCAAGCUGAGAACCAAGGGUGCUUCUUAAUUCAAAGCCGUGCCAUAAAAAACAACAAUGAAAAAGUGUGUCUGGCUUUCAGCAUUUUCUGUCAUCUAUGUUGUAUUGCCUUAUUGUGCUUACUGUAUUUUCCUUUUACAUUCCAUGUUGAUUUGCUGAACGCGGUGGUAGUGAUGCUAUUAGUAUCAGGGCAGGGGGCAUUCUUGAGGAAUGUCAACUGCACUGUGACAUGACGAAUGUUCUCUUGACAUAUUUGCCAAUUACCUGGCCCCUAUGGCAUUAACAUUACUAUGUACUUAAUCUGGUAGAUUGCUAGGUAUUCCAUUGAAUUUUACUGUUGUAUUCAGUAGCUUCUUCAGAUAUAAUUUCAGAUAUUUGAGUUUCUACCAAUGAGGCAUACUUGACACUCAACUAUAGCAUUUCAAUGUAAUUAAUGCUGCACUUUAAUUUUGUGUACUUUUAAUUACACAUUUUUGCUGCCAUUUGUUCACCUGAAGUUAAAGGUUUCACCCGUGUCUUAUGCCGCUUUCAUGUAAAAGGUGGUUUCAGGAAACUCUGAUUUCGUAAAUUCAAGCCUUGAUAACUACAACCAUUAACAAGUAGGAUAUUUCAGAAUCUUCUAUUUCCGACAAGCACGUGAACAGCAUUUUUUCUAUGUUGUCUAUCCACAACUUUACUGUAAUUUUAGCGCUUAAUAAAAUACACUAAGUCUGAAA